UUAUCAUCGCUGUGGAGCUACGCUAAUAUCUUUGUUGUUCUUCUCCACUCCUUGAACGAGAUUAAUUGGAAUCGUUAAUGGCAUCGUCAUCUCCCAGUACGAAGGGUCUCAUAUGGUUCAAAUAUAUAGCAGAUACACAGAGCUUCACAGGUGACAUAAACCUGUUGAAUGAAUGGUGGAAUGGGGUCGACGGAUCCCAGAAAUGGCAGGAAGGCGUGUUCUACGCUCUCUGUGCUGCUUAUGCACUCGUCUCUCUGAUUGCUCUGGUGCAACUUGUUCGAAUUCAAAUGAGAGUACCUGAAUAUGGUUGGACAACACAAAAGGUUUUCCACUUGAUGAAUUUUGUGGUCAAUGGAUUGAGAGCUGUUCAAUUUGGAUUCUACUGGAGGGUUUUCCACACAAAACCAAAAGUAUUAGACAUGAUAUUGUUGGAUCUUCCUGGCCUUUUGUUUUUCUCAACUUACACAUUACUUGUAUUAUUCUGGGCUGAGAUAUAUCACCAGGCAAGAAGUCUUCCAACUGAUAAACUCAGACCUGCAUACUUCAUUAUAAACGGAAUUGUGUAUGUCCUUCAGAUAUGCAUCUGGAUGUAUAUGAGAUUCAGCAAAACUGCUGCUGCUGUGGAAAUCGCUGAGCUGUUCUUUUCAGUUAUCUCACUUGGUGCUGCUGUAGGGUUCAUUGUAUAUGGUGGAAGGUUGUUUGUAAUGCUAAGGAGGUUUCCAAUUGAAUCAAGAGGGCGUCAAAAGAAGUUGCAUGAGGUGGGAUUUGUGACUGGGAUUUGCUGUACUUGUUUCUUAAUAAGAUGUGUGAUGGUUGCAAUCGCUGCAUUUGACCAAAAUGCUGACAUGCAUGUUCUAAACCACCCUAUCCUUGAUUUUGCAUACUACAUGGUAGUGGAGAUUUUGCCAGCUGCUCUUGUUCUUUUCAUCUUGCGAAAACUGCCACCAAGGCGAGUAUCAGAUCAGUACCAUCCGAUUAAAUGAUGAGGUGGACAGUUGGAAGGAUCUAAGCUGACGUGGCACCAAGUUUUGUUGAUGGCAUUCGCACUCCAAUCAUGUAUAUCCUUUUCACAGCCUUUGGUGUAAAUGUGUCUCUUUCUCCUGUGAAUAAAAAUCCGGGAAUCGGAUUAUAGAAGGAACUUGUCAUUGUGUAUGUUUGUUAGCAACAAAAUAUUAAGCUCAUUUUGUUUUGUUGUCAAAUGUGAGAAUGCUUUUGUUUUUAAAGUUUGCGUCAAAAGUCUUUUUUGGCUGAAAAAAUAUCUGGGGUUUGUAAA